AAUAUAUCACAAAGUUGAUCUUACCCAAUACGAAAUUGCACUUAAUAAAAUAACAAAAGACAUUAAUCUCAAUCCAUAUACCGUUGAAACCAUCAAAACCAUUAAAGGAGAACUAAAACUUCUACAUUUCGACAAUGCCAGGCUACAUAGAAUUAUGUAAAACAGAAAAGGAAUCCGAAACACUAAAUCGAGAAAAACGCGGAUUAAUAAACCCAGUAGGUAAAAUUUAUAAAUUACUCUUCCGAAUCAUGGACAACGAUGACCAUGAAGAAAUAAUGGAACAUCUAAUGGUAAUAGAUACAAAUAAUCACAACCUAAUAAAAUUAUUGAAUAACCAACUACAAAUUAAAAAUGUAUUUCAAAACAACCUAAAUAAAAUAGUGGAAAAUAUAAAUCAUACAAAUAGUUCAUUCAAAACAUUGGCGUCUGACAUAAAUAACACAACUUACCAUAUAAACAAAAUCCUUGUAGAAAUUCAAUUAAAUCACAGUUUAGAUUUAAUAAAGGACGAACUCGAAAAACUAAUCGACAACGUAAACUCAGCUAGAACAGGUAUAGUGUCUAGAUCUAUCUUAACAUAUGACGAAAUUGAUACAUAUAACCUUUCCAUUGACGAACUCAAAGACAUAACAACAAAUGUCCUAAUUAAAAGUAAUAUUCUAAUAUUUGUCAUCAAUAUUCCAAUACUUACACAACCAAUAUUGUCAUACUAUGUUAGCCAAGUACCAAACAAAUACCACCAAACUUUAAACAUUGACAUUAAAAAUGUAGUAUUAUAUAACAACAAAUAUUUUAAGUUUGAAAAACAUGUAAAAUCCUUGAAAAAUACAUUACCAUGUAAAAAUAAAAACUGUAUCAUAGAAUAUAAGAAUAAUAAUCAGGUAAGUGAAAUUGAAAAAGGAUUAUUACUAGUAAUAGAUGUCAAUGAAAAACUAAAACAAAACUGUAACGAAAAAUUGUAUGAACUAAACGGAAUAUUUGUAAUUAGAUUCAGUAAUUGCAAUAUUGAAAUAAACGAAAAAGUAUACACAAACAAUGUAAAACAAUUUCAACAGAUACUAAUGCUCGAACCAAUUAAAAAUAUUUCAAAUUAUAACAUUAAAAUAAAUAUGGAACAACUAAAGAUUGAAAACAUAAACAAUUUGGAAAAAAUUGAGGAAAUCAAAUUUGUUCAUAAACAAAACAUUAUUGCAACAAGUACAAUAAUAAUAAUAAUAAUAAUCAUACUUACCGUACUAUUUAUUGCGUAUCUGUACUUUAAAAAUAAUAAAUCGAUCAAAAUUAAUAUAAAUGAAAGCCGUAGAGAAGAUAUUGAAAAGGAGGGAGGAGUUACAUAUACACCUACUCAUAUUACAACAAACUUCUCCAACGACAUAUAAAGUAAACGAUUUAUAAUCAUUGGAAACACU